AACACACAGGUAUGUGUCUGAACGGACAGGUGCUGCCUGGAACAGACUCGUGCGUUCAUAGUCCCCGCGUAGAGACGACCGAUGAACCCCAUGGAGGAAAAAUCAGCUGAGCAGAAUGGACAGACGAUAACGCCGCCCAAGGGGGAGGAGGAAGAGAUGGAGGUCACCGUGACAUCGCAACUGGAGAAUCUCAUCGUCACAGCGCUCAACACAGACACAUCAUCAAAUACACAAACGCAUCCCGAGGAGAACGGAGAUGUACAUACAGAGUCAGCAGCAGCAGCUCGCUCUUCAGACGUCGUGUGUAAGGCGGAGGACUGUGAGGACGAGGAUUCAGAUGAUUCAGACAGUGACAGCUCCUCCUCUUCCUCUUCUUCUUCCUCUUCUUCAUCCUCCUCUUCUCCCUCUCCCCACGUUUGUGAUGAUGACGACGAGGGUUUCAGCCAACCAGCUCCCAUCAAAACCAGAGAUGAAGUCCUGCUCGAGGAGCUGCCGGCAGUGGAGGAGGUGUCUGUGUCGUUACCAGAAGAUGCAGAACUGCAGCCUGUAGGAACGAUCUCCAGUAUUAUACAGCAACUUGUUGUGAUCCAGUCUCUGAAAGACACGCCCCCUCUGACUGACGACACCAUCAUAUUUAGAUCUGAUAGGCUGCCAGUUGGCAAGGUGUUUGAGGUAUUUGGUCCAGUGUCCAGUCCGCUGUAUAUUUUGCGUUUUAACUCUGCGGACCAGAUAAGCAGCAAGGGGCUGACUGAGGGUCAGACUGUUUAUUACACACCCAACGUCAAAGAGUGCACAAGUUACAUCCUCACACAACAGCUCAAAGUUUUUAAGGGAUCUGAUGCAUCCUGGAAGAACGACCAAGAACCACCAACAGAGGCUUUAGAUUUCAGUGAUGAUGAGAAAGAACGUGAAGCUAAGAAGAAAUCGAAAAACUCACGAAAGAAGAGGGACAAUAGCAAUGCAGAUAAUCCUGCCCUCGUUACCCAGAACACCUCGCUGCAGCAGGGUAAUGUCAGGGGUUUCCCACCAAGACCUGCAGGACCUCCACACAGGCACCAGAACCCGAGGAAUAAACACCCACUGUUCAGCCACACACCCACUCCACCCAGACACAUGCACCCACCACCUAGACACAAUAAUGGCCCUCCCAUGUCUCCCCCUCCCUGCCCUUACCCUCCUCCACCUCCUCACUUUUUCCCCCACCCAACUUCCCCCUGUAUCCCCCCUCCGCCUUCCUCUUACUUCAACCCGUCUUUCUCCUGUCCUCUCUGGCCACCAAACUCUGUCCCCUUCUCUGACCUCCCUCCUCCUCCUCCUCCUCCUCCCCCACCCCCCUCCUCCUCAGUGAUGUACAUGUUCAUACUAACCAGAGCUCCUGCUGGUGAGUUGAUGCUUUGGGUUAUCUUGUUAAAAGAUGAUGUCAUCUGUUUGUAGACUAUCAGACAUGACAAAUCCUCCAUCAUGUGUAUCAAUCACUGGCUUUGCUUGUUAGCAGUGUUUAUUAGAGUAUGAAAUGAUAAUGAUAUAUCUGAUCGAGCUCAGUAAUGUGCUGUCACCAACCACAUAUUCUGCCACUGUAGUGUUUUUAAGUUUUACACAUAUUUUCUCCCACGGACAUUUGUUGACCAUCUAGACCUCCUGAAGAGCCUUUAACUUUAUGCAAAUGUAAUGUUUGUUUUGAUUUUACAACUAAACGCAAGAGCAUAGUUGUUUUUUUCUUUUCUAACUCUACUGUGUAAAAAAGUUGUUGAACAAAAUGGACACAGCGAGCAUCAGUGGCUUCCUGAUUCUUUCUUGAUUAUGUCUUUUUUUUUUUUUUUUUUUUUUUAAGGAGCUAGAAAGACGUGGGGUAAAAAGGCGUGGAAAUGAACUUCUUCCCCUUGUAUCAGUGGCGAAUACCAUAAAGAUAUCAUUUGACAGACAAGAUAUUCGUAUUUCUAAAGCGUGUUGAAUUACUUUAAGGUUUUCCACAAGCGCAUACAAUGUCAAGCUGUGUGAAAAUAGCAGCCAGCUAUAUAUAUAUAUAUACAUAUAUACACACACAGAUGUAUAUUAAAGGAUCUGGGAGGAUUUCUUGGCAGAAAUUAGAGUAAAAUAUAUUCAUAAGAUUUCAUCAGUGUAUAAUCACAUGGAACUAAGAAUCCUUGUUGCACCUCCAUUUUCCUACCAUAGCCCAGAACAAACUAUAAAUUUAAAUCUGGUAUAAAAACCAGGCAUGCACAUGUUAUGUUAGUAUUCCAUAAUGGUUGUUUGAGCAGUGCAGUGGACACUCAAGCUUCGUUCUCUAAAGGUAUCUGCGUGUUAAGCUCCAGUCUCAUCAGUAGGUUAGUGUCCUUCAUACAGUCAUUUUGGUCUCAAGGUCUGAAAGAUGGACAUUCAGUUGUAGCUACAUGAUUUGUACACCUUUUAAGGACUUCAUUUUUGGCAUUUGUGGAAAUAAUCAACCGAUGAGUCCUGUAAGAAUGUGAACGUGAUGCCAGGACAAGUCAUUUUCACUCAUAUGUAAUAUUGCACAUGUACUGUAUAUAUUUUUGUACCAGACGCUUUCUACAUGUCAGUGUUUAACCCAUUUAAUGAACUGCGUCAACGGCAAAUAAAUGUUUUUGUGUAAGA